AUGUCGCGCCACAACAGCAUCGCCCUCGACGCCGAGCAACAGCGCCGCAUGUCCCUCAACAACGCCGACAUCGCGCAGCUCAAUCAUGACGCGACGAAGGCGACAAAAGCAGAGCAAAAGAUGACCUUGAUGGAAGGCAUCCGACUCUACCCCAAGGCCAUCGCCUGGUCCGUCCUCCUCAGCGGCGCCAUCAUCAUGGAAGGCUACGACAUCAACAUCAUCGCCAACCUCCAGGCCGUCCCCGCCUUCAAGCAGAAAUUCGGCGUCCAGCUCGCAGACGGCUCCUACGAGGUGACUGCCGCGUGGCAAGCCGGGCUCACCAACGGCGCCUACGUCGGUGAGAUUCUAGGCCUGAUGGUGAAUGGUAUCAUCGCGGAGAAAUAUGGGUUCAAGAAGACUAUGAUAGGUGCCUUGGCGGCGGUGACGGGCCUGAUUUUCAUCUUGUUCUUUGCGCAGAACAUUCAGAUGUUGCUUGUGGGAUUGAUUCUAGUGGGCGUGCCGUGGGGCGUGUUCCAGACGCUUACGACUACGUACGCUGCUGAAGUCACGCCUGUGCCGCUGCGGCCGAUUCUCACUACCUAUGUGAAUCUCUGCUGGGUGUUUGGACAGUUCAUCGCGUCGGGGGUGCUCAAGGGUGUGUCUGAGCGCCCGGACCAGUGGGCGUACCGCAUUCCGUAUGCCAUCCAGUGGAUCUAUCCCAUCCCGCUGAUCAUCGGCAUUGCCUUCGCGCCAGAAUCCCCGUGGUGGCUCGUCAGGAAAGAACGAUACGAGGAUGCGAAGAAGAUGGUUCUGCGUCUCGCCUCGCCCGAGAAGAACCCCGACUUCAACGCCGACGAGACCAUCGCCAUGUACAAGCACACGAACGAAUUGGAGAAAGCCAUCAGUGAGGGGACGUCGUACUGGGACUGCUUCAAGGGUACCGAUCUGCGCCGAACGGAAAUCGCAGCCAUGACGUGGUUUACGCAGGCGUGGUGUGGUUCCUCGUUCAUGGGGUUCUCCACGUACUUUUUCCAGAACGCUGGCCUGGACACCUCCAACGCCUUCAGCAUGAGCCUGGGUAUCUAUGCCAUCGGUGCUGUCGGUGUAUUUGUCUCCUGGUGGCUGAUGCCCCGAGUGGGACGCCGGACCUUGUACGUGUGGGGUCUCGUCGUCAUGCUCGCCAUUCUGCUCAUCAUCGGCUUCCUCGGUAUUGCUCCCGAGGGCAACUCCAGCGUUCAAUGGUCGAUUGGAGCCAUGUUGAUCAUCUUCACAUUCGUCUACGACGCCAGUGUCGGCCCCGUCUGCUACUGCCUCGUAGCUGAGAUCCCAUCGUCGCGCCUCCGCCAGAAGACCGUUGUCCUAGCCAGGAACUGGUACAACAUCGGCUCCAUCAUCGGCAACAUCAUGACGCCCCGUAUGCUGAACCCCAGCGCUUGGCAUUGGGGCGCCAAAUCAGCCUUCUUCUGGGCGGGUACCUGCUUCCUGUGCCUAGUAUGGACCUACUUCCGCCUUCCUGAACCCAAGGGCCGUACCUACGGUGAGCUCGACAUCCUCUUCGAGCAACGCGUGUCCGCCCGCAAGUUCAAGGAGACGGUCGUGCAAGAAUUCGAGGAGGACGAAUCCGUGUCGGAGAAGAAGCUCGAGGGCGACAAGGUAGCCCACGUCGAGCAGGUCAAUUCAAACGUGAGCAAUUGA